GAGUCAGAGCGCGUCCCUCAGACUGCGUGCAGUCGCGGCUGGAGCGGUACGGCUAGCGGUUGGAUGGCGCGGGGCGGAGCAGAACGGGCAGCGGCCCUGGGCCUGGCGCUGCGACUGUUGUUUGGUCUUGGACUAGGUCUAGAGGCUGUCCCGACUCCGACCCCGACCCGGGCACCAGCCCUUGCCCUGACCCAGGUCCAGGUCUCGGGAUGGGGACCCAGACUGCUCUGAUGGCAGUGAUGAGGAGGAGUGCAGGAUUGAGCGGUGUGCUCAGAAAGGGCAGUGCCAACCACUGGCCACCCUUCCUUGCUCCUGUGACAACAUCAGUGGUUGUCCUGAUGACGCUGACAACCUUCGCAACUGCAGUCGCCAGCCCUGUCAGGAGGGUGAGCUGCGUUGCAUGGUGGGUGAUAUGUGUAUCCCACACACAUGGCGCUGUGACGGCCACUCAGACUGUCCUGACUCCAGUGAUGAGCUCAGCUGUGACACCAACACAGAAACUGACAAGAUCUCCCAGGAGGAGAAUGCCACAACUACAAAGACUGUGACCCUGGAGAAUGAGACCUUUCUCAGGAAUGCAACAGUUGCUUCUGCUGGGGACUCUUCCCGAAACCCAAAUGCCUAUGGGGUUAUUGCAGCUGCUGGGGUGUUGAGUGCUAUCCUGGUUUCUGCCACCCUCCUCAUAUUGUUACGACUCCGAAGUCAGGGUUACCUGCCCCCAUCAGGGCUGUUGGUGGCUGUGAAGGAGUCUCUGCUGCUGUCAGAAAGGAAAACCUCACUGAUCUGAGGACACGUGGUCACCACCUGGCCCCAAGUGCAGUCAGAUCGGGGCAAAGCCACAGUGGGACAUGUAGGCAGCUGCUGGCUUCUCGAGACCUGGGCUCUUUUUGCCACAGAGAACUUUGAUUUUAAGCUCCUCCAGAUGUGGUCCUAGAGACUGGGGGUCCUCAGAUAUUCCCCUUGUCUGUGGGGAGCUUGGAUGGAGAACUGCUAUAGCCAGGACUGAGGGGCCGGCCCCAGGAUGGUUCCAAGAAAUGGGGCCACUCUGGCUUAGACACUCCUGCUGCUCACACUGAUGGGUGGUGAUUAAAGUUUCUUUACCUCCUC